GAGUUUGGUAUGGCCAGCCUUCAGCGAUUUGAAGCGAAGGCCAUGGAAUUGCUGGCUCACCUAGAGAGCCGCUGGGAUGAUGUCAUCGUGUUUGUUGGGAAGCUGCUGCAGCCUCAGACAGCAGACCGGGAAAGUAAGCAGAUGUGCCGCCACAGCAAAAUCAACAGCUCCGAUGCUCACCGCAAUAUUGAGCAGGACGCACCGCAGAUCGUCACCAUACCGCAACCUGCCAUGCUUCCAGCGCGAAACAGUUCGAAUUCGAUGGAAAUGUUCGAGGGAUGCAAGGCUUCCAGCCCCGUGGAGGCCUUGCUCCGACGAGCCAGCCAAGUGCACGAGGAAGAAACCCAGGAGGCUCUCAACGAGUCGACCUUGGGUGCAAGGCUGUCUCGAGUUGUGAACUACUGGAACAGAAACGGCAAGUGCGACGUCCGCGAAGCCGCUUUUGUCAAGCUGGAGGGAGACGAUAUGUACCUCCGGCUUCAAGAGAGCCUAAGGCACACUGCGUGCAUGGACAUUACCUGGGUGGAUGUCAAAGGUCGGCAGCUGAGUUCUGCGGACUGCAACGACUUUCGAUUCCAGGGCACGAGCAGCCGAGAAGCCUGCUGCAAGUGCGGAGGCGAAGAUCCCAGCGGUAUCAAGACGGCUACUCCUUUCAAGUAUGACGACUACACGUACAUUCUUGGUGAGCGAGUGUCCUUGUGGCCGCAGCCUCGCACGGCCACGCGCUACGGUCUCGACGAGAACUGCGAAUUUGCCCUGUACAACUUGACCUUGAACGGUGCGACUGGCGAGGCAUCAUACGCCAUGGAAGUCGACCCUGUCAGCAUGUUACAAGCGGCUCGAAUGGCGUCAUUCCAUCGGCUGCGAUGCGCGCCUUUGAACCGGGCGCAGUGGUGGCGAGGUUCCCGUCUCCAUGCCUCCGAUGCCACGCUUCGCAGCCAUGGCGACGUGAACGUGGGACACCUGGCUGGUGCCAUCAAGGCGCCGCUUUCGCGGGGUGAGACUUGUGCCGUGGAUGCAGUCGGUCCGGCCGCACUACUCAAGGCGUUGAAGGCCAUGAUCUUUGCAAGCGACUACUUGCAGGAGCAGCGUCCAGGCUUCCGUGUAGCUGGUGAGCCCCGCUUGGAGAGCGUCCCUGCCUCAGCGGAGCAGCCCGAGACGACGAAGCUGCGAAUGCAUCUGUCCUUGGUGCCAGAGCCACCAUUCCAAAGCGCUGAAGUAGACUUCAGGUUCGGCAGAGACACCAACCCUGGCAUUGCAGCCGCCACCCUCGCUCAAAAGAUCAAGCUCCAAGGUCGAACGACUGUGUCUGCAAUGGGAGCCCUGCCAGCUUCUAAAGCGCUGAAGUCCGUCAUUAUUGCGCAGAGGUACUUGCACGAGCACCUGGGUGAAGAGGUGCUGUUGGUGGUGCCUGCCACGCAAGUGCUGAAACAGGGCCGCGCAGUGGGCGACGAGGAAGUGGUGCGGCUGCGUUUGGCUCUUCUGCCCGGGCAGAGCCAGCGCUGA